AUAAUAAUAAUAAAUUUGAAGAAAGGAUAUAUCAUGGCAAAUGCAAAAUUAGAAAAACGCGAACAUAAAUAUCAUUGCAAUAAUGAACAUUUACGUGGAGUUGAAGCGGAGAUCCAAGCAUCUCAGAAAGAUGCUUUUUUCCGCGAAGAGGAAACGGUUCUUUUUUCAUUCCAUGAUGGAAUAUUUAGUGACUCCUCUACUCCGGACAACUCGAAUUUGACAGAGAGUAUUGACAACAAUAUUGGCAUGAUGUCUCCAGGGAUAGCCGGUAUAACUAGAGAGUUGGUAAAGGCCGUGUGUGGAGGUAUGACGAAGUAUCUGAAAACUGUGUUUGUCAGAUAUUUCCGUCCUCAGAGGCACGAAAAAAACAUCAAUCAUACAUUGCUUAAAUUGUUAAUCCUUCUGAUGUUCAUGAUGUGGCUUAUCCCGGACGCCGAUGGCUUUUUACAUUUAAGAAAGAAUUGCAAGUGUGUCUUGAAGAUCACCGGACGAUGCAUCAGAAAUGAACUGUGUGAAUAAUACUUACAAAGCAUGGAAAAUCCAUUGACUAAUUAAGCUUCAAAGGAGUCCACAAAGAAUAAUGCCAAAGAACAAAUUAUGCCGAGAACGACAAUCAUGAAACUGAAAAUUAUUUAUGGAAUUAAAAAUUCUUGAAUGUCCA